CGUAGCUCUCUCCAAUAGGAGCUCCGCAGCUCCCGCCCGCUCCCGCCCCUCCAGCCUACGCGCUCACCAUCUGCUCCAAACAGCAAAGAGAAAGGGGGCGGGCGCCGCGAAGCAUGCCGGGAGUUGUAGUUUUCAGCGCCCCCUAGGUGGGCAGGAGCCGAAGCCUGGGUGCUGCCUGCCCUCCCUUCCUUCAUUUCCCAUCGUGCUGAGGCGGGUGGUAUGGCGGAGAAGGAUGACACCGGAGUUUGACGAAGAGGUGGUUUUUGAGAACUCUCCCCUUUACCAGUACUUACAGGAUUUGGGACACACAGAUUUUGAAAUAUGUUCUUCUUUGCCACCAAAAACAGAAAACUGCUUGCUGACAGAGGGACCUCACAAACCUCCUGCAAGAGCCCUACCAAAACAAGGCAUCCUGUUCAAGCUGGCAGAAAGCAUCAAGAGCUGGACGUUUUCCUCUCAGUACAGUAAGAAGGAUGACUUACUCCACAAGUUGGACACUGGAUUCCGACUGGACUCACUACAUAUCAUCCUGCAGCAGGAAGUCCUGCUACAAGAGGAUGUGGAGCUAAUUGAGCUACUUGAUCCCAGCAUCCUGUCUGCAGGGCAACCUCAACAGGAAAAUGGACACCUUCCAACACUCAGCUCCCUGGCAACCCCUAAUGUUUGGGAUGCCUCACUGCUACUUGCCUUCAUUAGUUUGCUCAUUAUGCUUCCCACGUGGUGGACUGUGUCUUCAUGGAUGGUAUGGGGAAUAAUUCUGUUUCUUUACUCGAUCAUGCGGGCUUUGAAACUAUGGAGGACAGCCAAGCUGCAAAUGACUCUGAGAAAAUAUAGGGCCCGUUUGGAAGACAUGGCAGCAAAUAGCCGAGCCUUCACUAACCUUGUGAGAAAGUCCUUGCGUCUUAUUCAAGAAACCGAAGUCAUUUCCAGGGGAUUUACUCUUUUGCUUGACAGGGUCAGUGCUGCUUGCUCAUUUAAUAAAGCUGGACAGCAUCCCAGCCAGCAUCUCAUCGGCCUUCGGAAAGCCGUCUACAGGACUGUGAGAGCCAACUUCCAGGCUGCAAGGCUAGCUACCCUGUACAUGCUGAAAAACUACCCCCUGAACUCUGAGAGUGACAAUGUUACCAACUACAUCUGUGUGGUACCUUUUAAGGAGCUGGGGCUCGGCCUCAGUGAAGAGCAGAUAUCAGAAGAGGAAGCUCGUAACUUGACAGAUGGCUUCAGCUUGCCGGCCUUGAAGGUUUUGUUCCAGCUCUGGGUGGCACAGAGUUCAGAGUUCUUCAGGCGCUUAGCCCUGUUGCUUUCUACAGCCAAUUCGCCCUCAGGGCCCCUACUUACUGAGGCACUCCUGCCUCACCGAGUUCUGUCUGAUGUAACUCAAGGUCUACCUCAUGCUCAUUCUGCCUGCUUGGAAGAGCUGAAGCGCAGCUACGAGUUCUUCCGGUACUUUGAAACUCAGCAUCAGUCAGUACCGCAGCGUUCAUCCAAAACUCAGCCGAAGUCGAGAGAACUGAAUAACGUUCACACAGCAGUGCGCAGCUUACAGCUCCACCUGAAAGCGUUGCUGAAUGAAGUAAUAAUUCUUGAAGAUGAGCUUGAGAAGCUUGUUUGCACUAAAGAGACACAAGAGCUGCUGUCAGAGGCCUAUCCUGUACUGGAGCAGAAGCUGAAGCUGAUUGAGCCCCAUGUGCAGGCCAGCAACAGUUGCUGGGAGGAAGCCAUCUCCCAAGUGGAUAAACUGCUGCGGAGGAAUACAGAGAAAAAAGGCAAGCCUGAAAUAGCGUGUGAAAACCCACACUGCACUGCAGCACCCUUGAUUCGGCCUACUCUGCACAUCGAGGACAGAGACCCCAUCCCUGAGGAGCAGGAGCUAGAAGCUUAUGUGGAUGACAUAGACCCAGAAAGUGAGUUCCGGAAGGAGGAUUUGUACCGCCUGACCCCAGAGGACAAAGAGAGGCAGAAGCGUGAGCAGGAAGAGUCCAGGAGGGUGCUGCAGGAGCUGAAGUCUGUGCUCGGAUUCAAGGCGUCAGAGGCAGAAAGGCAAAAGUGGAAGCAGCUUCUGUUUAGUGACCAUGCUGUGUUGAAAUCCUUGUCUCCUGUAGACCCAGUGGAAUCUGUAAGUAAUUCAGAAACACCCAUGCAUUCAGAGACAGGAAAAGUCAAUAGGAAUGGUACUGAAGAGGAAGGUAGUGAGCCUUCUCCACGUGACUCUGAAGGAAACAGGACUGAGUUUGUAUGUGACAGUCCUCCGGAGGAUGAAAACAAAGACACGUGUGGAAAUGAAGCCUUCCUCCGAGGAGCUGAAGAAAGAAUGUUCUACCAGUGUGAGAGCGAGGCCGAGUCUCCCCAGGCUGCUGCUGCCGGGGCCGCCGCCCCUCCAUCUCCCAGGGACUCGCUCCAGCUCUCCAUUAAGCAGAGGCUGGCCCGACCACAGUUGUCAGCAGAAUUCGCCUUCACUGCUGGCCUGGCUGCAGAGGUGGCUGCCAGGUCUCUGUUGUUCACCACCAUGCAGGGACAGACUUUCGGCGAUGAGGAGGAAGAACCAACAGUUGAAGGAAGUGAAAAUGAGGUGGGAGAGAAAUAAAGACGGAGAUGAAGUAAUUUCUGGUCGGCCCUCUUACAAGUGUUUUAGCUUCAAGACUGGAAGGGAAUGAGUGUGUGUUUACUUUAUAUAAAGCUAAGUCGUUGAUUUACAGGGUGAGCACUGCUUUGAAACCUGACCUGAAAUUAGCAGACACCUGUAUAGACAGGUCUUUUAGGGAUAGGAGAGGGAGGUAAUGGCAUUUUUGAAUAGACUGCUGUUUUAUUUAUGGCACGACUGAUAAUCUAGGCAAUUCUUUAAGUAUUUUAAUAAGAAAAGAAUUUAUCGGUUUUUUGCCAAAAUUUGCUGCCAUAAGGGUAACUAGGAUGGUUCUUCUCUUGCAGAGCAUUAGAACGAGCUCUUUCUGCUGUGUCCUUGCAGUGUGUGACUGCAGCGAUCAUGUUAAUAUGUUGUUCGUAUUUUAUUUUGUUUAUACCACUCCUAAAACAAAGAUACAGGUUCUGAAUAAAAAUAUUUAAUUCCUACAAUCGAUGUGCUCUGGGGUUUGGAACUUUAAAGCAGAUUCAAAGGAGUUUGGGCUGUGGCGUAUUUCACGUUUCCUUAUUUUCAUACGUGUGUUCAUUUUAAGGCGUCAUACACCUUCAAAAGGGAAAUCCUGUGCCAUUUUAAGAAACACCCUUGUGGUUUUUGCUGUUGUUGUUGUUGUUGUGGGUCCCUGCUGCAGCUCAAAGAAACGAUGUCAGAGAGGCAUCCCUACAUCAAAGGCCCCUCUCCAACCCCGCAGAAAGCUCCUUCUCUCGUUUACUUGGAGACAACCGUGCCUCUGCUUCCGUAGGUCAUGGCGCUGUUUUCCAGCCUGGCCUAUCUUACUAAGACUCAGGAAACACGUCAGCUUUCUUGGAAAGCGUCCUUGUCUCUUUGUAUUUCGUGGUGAAUCCAUUUUACAGCGAUGCUGUCCGCAUACCAGUCUCGUCUGCUUUGAUUGUGUUCUCGGUAAUAUUUCUGGGAACAUUCUGUCACUGGAACCUGUCGUUGCUGUGUACUUACCGAGUUCGCAGACAUGAUUUGGGAGGACUGUAAGAAAAACUAAAUUUAUGCUGCUGUUCUAGGAGGAAAGGGUGUGAAUUCCUGUAACUUACUGUCUGCUUUUAGUGAGGAAAUUUACUUAUGUUUGUCUCACUGUUGUAGCUUUAGUAACUGUGUUUUACCCUGAGGAAAAUCUUCUACUUUAUAUGAAUAGGCUUUGGACUGUUAGUGAUUUUGCAUCUUUCUGAUAAUUAGCACUACUAACAUGUCAGGAGCAGUACCUUCAGUUGGACAAGGAAAUAGCUAAAUCUCAAGAAAAAGGGAGCCUCCUGUGUUGUAACUGACUUCUGUAUUCCUAAAUAACAGUCUUACUUUCUUACUUAUUGUUUCCAAUUCCCUAGAUAAAGAAGUUAUUAGGGAAAUUUUGCUAAGAAUUCUUUUAAUUUAUAACACAGGGAAAAUUGGAGCUUAAUCAUUUUAAUUCUUUUAGUCUGUUUUGAGUCAGUCACACCAGUUUAACAGAAACCUGUUCACACUAUUUUAUCAGUGUUCUGCUCCCUGGGCUGAUGCUUUCAGACUCUGAAAUACGAAGUUUAAUCAGAAUUCCCAGUCUUCCAGGGUGAUCUGUUUUGUUCACAGGCUCUUAAUUAAUUUCAUACAAACUGAUGAAGGACAUUGUGAUGUUAAGUGAUAUGCUUUUUAGAUAAUAGUUUUCAUAUUUCUUUCAUCAUUUAAAAUAUUUCCAACAUAAAGCUCUUUUUUCUCUGUGACAUUUUCUUGAGUAAUUUUCUCUUAUAACAUUCUGAGUUGGUGUUCCUUGGUUGUUUUAGUGGGCACCUGAGUCAUAAUGAACCAGAAGUACUGUUUUUAGUGCAGACUUUAAGCCAUGCUCUCUGUGAUUCUUGGAUGCUUUGAUAUGAGACCGAGGUACUGUUUAUGCCCAAUAAAGUCUAAGAUCCUUCUUAGGUACUUCUUGCCAUGAGUUCAUUUUGUGUUUGGACAGGCUGAUGGGGUACAAGUGGACGCCCUUACGUGUGUUUUCUUAAGGCUACCUCACUUUUUCUUGACUGGGUUUAAUAGCUGUCUUUUGAUGAACAGAAGAGCCUUCUGGAAAAAAAACAUUUUUUGGUAGAUAACUUAUAAUUGUGUUUUCCAAAUUUUACAGUGUGAUUAAUCUUGUUGGGAAUCGUAUUCUGACAGCUUCUAGUGCAGAAAUU